GGUAAAAUGAGAGAGAUAUUUCUCUUUCUUCCAUAAAACCCAAAACCCUACUUCUCCUGUCAUAUUAUCUUCAUCUCUACUUCCUUUCACUUCUCCAACUUACUUCCUCUCCUAAACUUCAUUUCAUUUCAUUUCCAGAAGCUCUAAUUGCGAUGAGGAGCACUGAACACUGAGGGUGAUGGAAGACUAUGAUAGUUACAUAGCACAGAGUGAUAGAGGUGAAAAUGGAGUGAUAGUGGCAUCGCGUGCUUGCCCGCGCGACGAAUUUCGCCCCCGUGGUGGAAAAGUACUGUCGCGAGUUGCUGCUGUUGCGGCUGCAAGAAAUGGUUCUUCGACUUCAAGUUACGAUAUAGCUGUGACGAGGAAUAUUAAGAAAAAGCAAAAGCGUAAGGGUCUUCGGGAACUGUUUACAACUGAUUACAUUGUGAACAGCGUGUUACGGAAGGAUGGUCCUACACUUGGUCAGGAAUUUGAUUUUCUUCCUUCAGGACCCAAAUAUUUCACUUCUGCUUGUCAAGAGGACCAAGGAUCCUUCAAAAGGAGGAAGGUUCCCAACAGUGCAUUUCAAAGUCUCGCCAAUUGUAAUAUGAAAGCACCUGUGAAGAAACAUGGCAUUGGCAAAGGCCUGAUGACAGUUUGGAGGGAAACAAAUCCUGAUGCUGGAGACCUUCCAUUUGGUUUUGGCGUUUCUGGCCAAGAAGUUCCUCUAAUCUCAAAUUCUAUAGGACAGAAACCAGUCCGUAAGAACAACAGGUCAUGGAAAACCGUAAACAGGAAUGGAAUGCCAAAAAAUAAAAUGCAGAAUAAGAGAAAUAAGUCGCAGGACAAGAGGAAACUUACCAUGCAAAGAAGAGUGGGGGAAUUGAACCUAAAUGUGACUCAGAAUCAGUCACCAAAGGAAAAAUGUGAACUAGCUUUGGAUAGUGCAAUAUCUGAGGAGGGGGUUGAUCGAUUUUCAAUGUUAUUUGAUGAUGAAGAGCUAGAGCUGAGGGAGUUACAAGAAGGAACCAAUCUGUUUAUGUGUUCUGAUCAUCUUGCUGGCAGUGGAAUGGUUGGCUGCUCACUUUGUAAAGAUGUGCUAGUGAAGUUUCCGCCAGAUAUUGUCAAGAUGAAGAAACCUAUCCAUUUGCAACCUUGGGACUCGUCUCCGGAAAUUGUGAAGAAAUUAUUUAAGGUUUUCCACUUCAUUUAUACAUAUGCUAUAAUUGUUGAUAUUUGCCCGUUCACUCUUGAUGAGUUUGUUCAAGCAUUUCAUGAUAAGGACUCAAUGUUACUUGGCAAGAUUCAUGUGGCCCUUCUCACACUUCUUCUAUCCGACAUUGAAGUGGAGAUUACUAAUGGGUUUUCACCUCAUUUAAAUAAAUCGUGUAACUUUCUUGCAUUGCUUCACUCGGUUGAAAGUCAAGAAUAUUCCCUGGACUUCUGGAGAAGAUCUUUAAAUUCUCUUACUUGGAUUGAAAUACUCCGUCAAGUGCUGGUUGCUUCUGGAUUUGGUUCAAAACAAGGUUCCUUACGUAGAGAGGUCCUUAACAAGGAAUUGAAUCUUCUUGUAAACUAUGGUCUAUGCCCUGGCACCUUGAAGAGUGAGUUGUUUAACAUCUUGUCAGAGAGAGGAAACAUUGGAUGCAAAGUAGCUGAGAUGGCAAAGUCAAUGCAGAUUGCUGAAUUAAACCUUGCGAGCACAACAGAGGGACUCGAGUCUUUAAUAUGUUCCACGCUUUCAAGUGAUAUUACUUUAUUUGAAAAGAUUUCAUCAACUGCAUACCGAUUGCGUAUGAGCAGUGUUACGAAGGAUGGUGACGAAUCUGAUUCAGAUACAGAGGACUCUGGUAGUGUUGAUGAUGAAUUUAAUGUUGCUGAUACAUGUAGCAGUGGUGAUGAUUUUGAAAGUGAUUCAAUAAACUCCAGUAAAAGAAAAUUGAAGCGUGCAAACAGUCAUAAAAAUAAUAUGCUGAAAGUAUACACUGAAAUUGAUGAGAGCCAUCCAGGAGAAGCGUGGUUAUUAGGACUGAUGGAGAGUGAAUAUUCAGACUUGAACAUUGAAGAAAAAUUGAAUGCAUUGGCAUCUUUAACUGAUCUUGUUUCAUCUGGAUCUAGCAUCAGGAUGAAGGAUUCAACCAAAGUUACAGCUGAUUGCAAUUCUGGCAUCCAAUUACGAGGGUCUGGAGCUAAAAUAAAGAGAUCAGCAGUAAAGAAACCUGGGCCACUUUGGAACCAGAAAGUACACUUGAAUUCUGAUCCCUGUGCAGUUGAUUCCUCAUCAUUAAUCUCAAGAUUCCAUACUCAUGAAGCUUCCUUUGGAAAGGGAAAAGUUUCCUUUAUUUCACACCCCAUUCAAUCAGUGUUUUUGGGAUCUGAUCGUCGGUACAAUAGAUACUGGCUUUUCUUGGGUCCUUGUAAUGUAGAUGAUCCAGGCCACAGGAGGAUAUACUUUGAAUCUUCUGAAGAUGGUCACUGGGAGGUUAUUGAUACUGAGGAGGCCUUGUGUGCCUUGUUGUCAGUUCUGGAUGAUAGAGGAAAAAGGGAGGCUCUUCUUAUUGAAUCUUUGGAAAGGAGACGGACAUCACUAUGCAGAUCUAUGUCCAGGAUUAAUGCUAAUAGUACUGGAAUGGGUUCUAUGUCACAUUCUGAUCAAUCUGAACUGGAUAUGGUCAAAGAUGACAGUUAUUCUCCCGCAUCUGAUGUAGACAACCUGAACCUGACUGAGACUGCAGAAGACUCGCUGCCGUCUGCUGGGGCUGUGGUAAUUGAAGCUGGAAAGAAAGGAGAGGAACAAAUUCAAAAAUGGAUCCGUGUUCAAGAAUAUGAUUCUUGGAUUUGGAAUUCCUUUUAUUUAGAUCUCAAUGUUGUAAAAUAUGGUAAAAGGUCUUAUCUGGACUCUCUUGCCAGAUGUAAGAGUUGUCAUGAUCUAUACUGGAGAGAUGAGAGACACUGUAAAAUUUGCCAUAUGACAUUUGAGCUUGAUUUUGAUCUAGAAGAAAGAUAUGCAAUCCACAUAGCCACAUGCAGGGAGAAAGAAGACAGCAAUACAUUUCCUAAUCAUAAAGUGCUAUCAUCACAGAUUCAAUCACUGAAAGCUGCAGUUUAUGCUAUUGAGUCUGUUAUGCCUGAAGAUGCCAUGGUUGGUGCUUGGAGGAAAUCUGCUCAUAAGCUAUGGGUAAAACGGCUCAGACGCACCUCAACUUUAGUGGAGCUUUUGCAGGUUCUUACUGAUUUUGUUGGUGCCAUCAAUAAGGAUUGGUUGUAUCAAUGCAAAUUUCUGGAUGGGGUGGUUGAAGAAAUCAUUGCAUCUUUUGCAUCUAUGCCCCAUACACCAUCUGCCCUUGCUCUGUGGUUAGUGAAGUUAGAUGCCAUAAUUGCUCCCUACCUGGACAGAGUCCAUCUUCAGAAGAAACAGGGAACCAGUCAACAUGGUGCUUGGCGAUAGGUGCACUUUUACGUUUGUUGAAGGGCAUGCGAAUUGAAAUGAAGGAACUACCUGUUCCGCUCCUUGAUCAGAGAUUCAUGUGCUGGCUUCACUUGGUUCUGAAUUUCUAGAACGACUACAAUUUGGCCGAGGCUUUUUUUUUAAUCCUCCCCUCCCCGAUUUAUACAGGCAAUCUUGUUGGUCAGAUGUAUAGGUUUACAUUUUUUCUAUAUAAAAAAAUACUAGGUAGCUCGAGUUUUUUGGUGCGUAAUGCCACUUGGUUUCUACAAGGUCGCCCAUUUUUCUUGCUUCAUGAUGUCUGGUCUUCUCGUUCGAGAAAUCAAUUUUGUCUUUGUAUCUUACAGAAUAAUAAUGUCGUACUGAUUGAAAAUAAUUUGUAUUAUGAGAGGAUAGAGUUUUAGGCCGUCUAUAAAGUUAAACUGACUGGCAAUGUACAAUUUGCUUUGCUUUAAAUACCCUAAAAAUAGAGCAAGUAAACUGCCUACCUUUCCGAUUGUUU